CGUGCCAACAACAUCGCUGUGACGUUCGGGGAGGUCUCUUUGUAAACACCCGGACUUCUACCAGAACGCAUGUGUUAUUUACCUGCACAUUCUAACUAGUUUUGGGAGCCAGAGCUGUUUUCAAACCCCCUGUAGAGACGGUGUGGGACUCGGUACACCGCAUUUCAUUUCUCUACAAUAUAAACAGCACAUGUACACCUGGAGCGCUUCUCGGUUGGGUUGACACGCUGGAGUUUACAUUACAUGUAUGCUUGUGUUCUAUUGUGUGAAUGAGUGUUUAUCAACAUAAGCUGGUUGAACGGAAUCGAAAGGAUCAUAAUUUACUUGAACCACGGUCUUAGAUAACAAUCUAAUUCCGUGCUUGAACGUAUGGUACAAUGUAAGUCAACUAUAUGUCCUCCUACCAUUUAGUGAAGAGGUGACAAUUCUAUUCUAAAUAUAGUUAGUAGUAUGCCACUAAACAAACAAUAUUACUGUAUACACACAGAAUAUUAUUAUUAAAAACACUUAAUACAUCACGGACAUAGAUAUUCGAUUGGAGAGUAAAGAGCUCUAUAGGAAAGUCUUUAUAUUAACAUAACUUCCGAGUAGAUAACCCUUCUCUAACCACCAACUCUACGCCUCUGGCAUGUGCAUAUUUACGCCAGGCUAGUUCCCUACAUGUAUGCUGAUGCUUCACAAUGUUUCGCACGCGUUCUUCGUUCCGAUGCAAGGUUUUUUGGAGCGUAACACAGUGUGUAUUGUAUAUUAGCUUCCUCCUGUCAUCAUGGAGUUGUUCUGCUGAGACAGACUACCCAUUCCGGAACACCUCACUAUCAUGGGACACUCGAGUGAACGAUCUGGUAGACCGCCUGACACUGAAGGAGAUUAUGCUCCAGAUGAGUAAAGGAGGGUCAGGUCCGAAUGCGGGGCCAGCACCACACAUUCCGCGCCUGGGCAUAGGGCCAUACAGCUGGAACACGGAGUGCCUCAGGGGGGACGUGAGUGCGGGGAAUGCCACUUCAUUUCCACAAGCACUCGGUCUAGCCGCCACAUUCAGCACUGACGUCAUACAUGACGUAGCGGAAGCCACUGGUGUGGAGGUUCGCGCCAAGUACAACGACUAUCGGAAACAUAAACAGUACGGGGACCACAAAGGGGCGAGCUGUUUCAGUCCUGUCAUCAACAUCAUGCGGCACCCCUUGUGGGGACGGAACCAGGAAACUUACGGAGAAGACCCCUUCCUCAGUGGCGUCAUGGCUGCCCACUUCGUGAAAGGCUUGCAAGGCCAGAACCCAACGUACAUUAGGGCUAGCGCGGGCUGUAAACAUUUCGAUGUUCACGGCGGGCCGGACAACAUCCCCGUGUCACGUUUCUCUUUCGACGCCCAGGUAAGUGAACGUGAUUGGCGUCUCACCUUCCUACCCGCCUUUAAACGAUGUGUAGAAGCGGGGACUUUCAGUCUGAUGUGCAGCUACAACAGACUGAAUGGCAUUCCAGCCUGUGGUAAUAAGCGCCUCCUGACGGACAUCCUGCGGAAGGAGUGGGGGUUCAAAGGUUACGUAGUGAGUGACCAGGAGGCCAUAGAGAACAUCAUAAACUUCCACCAUUAUCUCAACAAUACCGUAGACACGGUAGCUCUGUGUGUAAAUGCUGGCUGUAAUUUGGAGUUGUCCACCAACGAAGCAAUCCCGGUCUACUUCUCAAUGAUUGAUGCGAUACGAUCUGGAAAAUUGACCGAGAAAGUUGUUCGGGCAAGAGUGAAACCACUGUUUUACACCAGGAUGCGACUCGGCGAAUUCGACCCACCAGACCUGAACCCGUACAACUUUUUGGGAUUAUCCAACAUUCAGAGCGCGAAUCACAGGAUGAAAUCACUAGAAGCUGCAAUGAAGUCAUUUGUUUUGUUGAAGAACGUCAACAAUUUGCUGCCGUUUCAUAAAUCAUUUCAGAAAAUUGCGGUCGUCGGACCAAUGGCAAACAAUCUUGACCAGCUGUUUGGUGAUUAUAGUGCUGACGCCAGUCGUCAAUAUACAACCACACCUCUAGACGGACUAAAACAUCUAGCACAAAUAACGAACUAUGGUCAAGGGUGUCCGGACAACAGGUGUGUCCAUUACAAUGCUACACAGGUCAAGACCGCUGUGGCAAAUACUGAAGUAGUCUUUGUCUGUCUUGGAACAGGCCAAGAACUUGAAAAAGAAGGCAAUGACAGGAUCAGCAUGGAUUUACCAGGGCAUCAGCUUCAGCUUAUGAAAGACGCCGUGAGAUUCGCGGGUAAUGCACCUGUCAUAUUGCUCCUCUUCAAUGCUGGUCCCCUGAACAUCUCCUGGGCUGAGCAGAGUGGUUGUGUUGGUGCCAUACUGGAAUGUUUUUUCCCCGCUCAGGCAGCAGGAGAGGCCAUCUUCAGUGUUCUCACCAGCAACGGCGAAAACAGCAACCCAGCAGGCAGACUACCAUUUACAUGGCCAAUGUAUGAUAAUCAGGUACCUUUUAUAAGUAACUACUCUAUGGAAGGACGAACCUAUCGUUAUUUUAAGGGAGAUCCGCUUUACCCGUUUGGAUUCGGACUGUCUUAUUCUAAAUUCCAUUACUACGAUGCUUGGUUGUCACCUUAUAUAUCCGCGGGCAAGCCAGCACGCGUUAAAGUGGAGGUCGGAAAUAGCGGGCCCUAUGAUGGAGAUGAGGUUAUUCAAAUAUAUCUUGAAUGGAUAACAACAAAGAUGCCGAUGCCGAGGUUACAGUUGGUAGCCUUUAGAAGAGUCUUUAUCAAAGUGAAUGAUACAGUUACGUACACUCUGGAGAUACAACCCAGUGACAUGGCUGUGUGGACAGGAAGUGCGUUUGUCAUAGAGCAAGGUACGAUGAGGAUCUACAUAGGCGGGCAGCAACCUAAUCAGAAGAUGAGCGUACCUUCCAAUAUCCUUGUUAGAGAAUUCCAUAUCGCUAAUUAGAAACAUUUAUAUUAAUGUGUAAUCUAAACCACAAUAUGUACCAAUGUAUAAAUGUGCAGCGAAAUAUCGGUAACCCGACCAUUAACCGUUCACUCAGCAUUGAUUUCGGAACAUAAAAUGUUUGUGAGAUAUAUAUCUCAAAUUUAUUUUUUAUUUUUCUUGUUUACCCUUAUAAAAUAAACUUGAAUGUAUUACUAAUAAAAAACCAUUAGUUUAUUGAAAA